AUGAAUACAUCAUCAGAAGCCCAAGCAUAUGGUGCCGGUCGAGCUGGAUCUGCUUUUGAUCCAAUUGGUUUUAUUAAAAAACCUCAAGUUAUAUUACGAAUUGUUGCUUGGGUAUUUUCAAUAAUAGUAUUUGGAUGUAUUGCCCAAGAAGGUUAUGCUGAUGAUACAUGUCGUUAUAAUGGUUCAAAUGCUUGUGGUUAUGGUGUUGGAAUAGGUGUUAUAUCAUUUAUUUUAACAUUGGCUUUUACUGGUAUAGAUCUUUAUUUUCCAAAUAUUUCAAAUGUUAAAACACGUAAAACAAUUGUUUUAUCCGAAUUAAUUCUAUCAGGUAUAUUAGUAUUUUUAUGGUUUAUUGGUUUUUGUUAUAUGACUGAUCAAUGGAGAAAAGAAGAUAAUAAAGAUAAAGAAGGAUGGAAUGGUCGUAAUAGUGUUCAAUCAGCUAUUGCAUUUGCUUUUUUUUCAAUUUUAAUUUGGGCUGCAUUAACAUUCUUUGCAUUUCGUCGUUAUCGUGAAGGUGUAUUAAAUUUAUUUAGUUCAAAUUAUGAAGAUCAUUCAACAGUACCUGGUCAAACAUAUGGUGGAUAUACAUCAGGUGUUGGUGCAGGUAGUUUUUCUCAACCUCCAUUUACGGCAACACAACAAGUUCAAUCAAAUUAUCAACCAACAACAUAUUAA